CGAAACAGCAGGGAGCAGAACGAUGCAGCAUCAAUUGUUAGAUAGCAGCACAUUUUCUCAACCAUUGCAUCCUUUGUGCCCCUCUGAACUGCCCAGAAUUCCACUUGUUUGCCCCGAAGGUGCGCAUCUCUAAUUUGACGUAAGCCGUCGGCCCCCUGCACGGCUGGCGUGGCUGCACCGCACUGCAGCAGUCUGCGGCAUGCCCCUGACGAAGCUGAUUGCGCUUUGCUGACUGCGCCCACGGAUACUCCGUAUUAAAGACUGAAACCUGCUGCUUUUCCACUUCCCUCCACCAACACCAACAUCAUCGUUCGCUCACCCUCAACUUGCGUCUUUCCUACCACCAGAUUGACACAUUCGCUCCUACACACACCACAGUCGUUAAAACAUAAACCGUCAAGAUGGGUGUCGGAAGAUUUGUUUGCGUGGCCCUGCCAUUCGGACUGACUAUCUGCUCGUUGAUAUGCAUCCUCAUCGUCAUGCUGGCUGGAGUAACGAACCAUAACCUCGACAUGUUCGAAGUCAACACCAAGAACCUCUCCAUCUCCUCGAAUUCCCUCGCAAACCUCGAGAACCUCAUCACCAAGAGGUUCACAGGCCUCGACCAUCUCACCAGUGCCGCUCUUGAAAACGCCGCUUCUUCUGUGACUGCUGGCAACAACAUCACCGCCGCGGAUCUUGGUCUCGCAGAAAGCUACAAGGUCUCGUUGUUCAACUACUGCUACCAGAGUGGAACCAACACGACCUGCACCAAGGCCAAGUUCGACUGGGCUUCCUCCGCCUUGAACACCACUGCCAUUGAGAAGAUUGCAUCUUCCACAGCCGGUGUGACCGUCACUCUUCCCAAAGAGUUGACUACCUCAUUACACACAUUCACCGUCGUCUCUAAAUGGACCGAGGUCGUCUACAUCAUCGCGUUCGUAACCUGCGUCGCGGAGCUCAUCGUAGGCCUCUUCGGUUUCUGCUCACGCGUCGGCUCCUGCUGUACCUUUCUGAUCUCCGGUAUCUCCACCGUAGCCAUCAUUGCCGCCUCCAUCAUGGCAACCGUGCAAUCCUCUAUCGUCGUCGGCGCCAUCGACUCUGUUGCCAAAGCCUACGGUGUCCACUCCUCCAUCAACACCUCGUUCCUCGCCACCACCUGGUUAGCAGCCGCAUUCAGCAUCGGUGGUGGCCUCUUCUGGAUGUUCAGCAUGUGCUGUUGCGCUGCCGACCACCACAAGCGCUCCAACCGCAAGAGUCGUGCCGGUGACAGCGAGAAGCUCAUCCCAACUGGCCACUACCAGCGUGUUGGAGAGCCGGCCGAUCAUUUCCACCCCUACGCUGGCCAGCAACAGGGUGUUUAUGCCCCCCCGCAUAACCACAACAAGCCCAUCAGGGGAGACGGUGCCUAUGAGCCGUAUGCUCACGCUGCGAUCUGAAAUGAUGCGGAAAGGGAUGGAUGAGAAGAGUCUGAUAUUAGCGUGCAUUGCUGGCGUUGGGGUCAUUUCAUAGAGUAAGGAGAGGAAGGGAUGAUGAGGGAUGUUGUUUGUAUUCGAUAGCUAGACACCGCCCCAUGGUCAUAU